AUGGACACCAUUGAAACCUUGACCUUCAGCGACACCUUCAAUCAAAGUGUGCGAAACGUGACCCUCCCCAGCAAAACGAAAGCCCUGACAUUUGGCAAUUCCUUUAACCAGAGUUUGGAAGAUGUGAAGCUGCCAAAUGAGUUGAAGAGGCUCAGUUUCAGUGGGAGCUACAACCAGAGCUUGGCAGGUGUAAAGCUGCCAAGCACCCUUGAGACUUUGACCUUUGGCGACAAGUUCAACCAGAGCAUGGAAGGCGUUGCUUUGCCAGGCAGCCUGCAGGCUUUGACCUUUGGCAGUGCCUUUGACCAGAGCUUGGAGAAUGUCACACUGCCAAGCAGUUUGCAAACUUUGAUCUUCGGUGAAAGCUUUGACAGGGAUCUUGAAGGCUUGACCCUGCCAACGAGCCUUCAGACCUUGACCUUCGGUGCCAACUUCAGUCGGAGCUUGGAAGGCAUCGCCUUGCCAAUGAGCUUGCAGCAUUUGACCUUGGGUUUGUUGUUCAAUAGCAGCUUGGAAGCUGUCACGCUGCCAGAGAGCUUGCAGACCUUGACCUUUGGAUUAGGCUUCGAUCAGCCAAUGGAAGGGGUUAGAUUGCCAAGCAAUCUGCAAACGUUGACCUUUGGUUGGAAUUUCAACCAGAGCUUGGUAGGUGUGACUUGGCCAAGCAAUUUACAGACCUUGAUCUUUGGGGAGUCCUUUGAUGAGAGCUUGGAGGGAGUUCUGUUUCCCCAGACGCUACAGACCUUGUCACUUGGACAUUGUUUCAAUCAGAGCUUGGAAGGCGUUGCGUUGCCAGAUAGACUGCAAACUCUGACUUUCAGCCAGUCCUUUAAUCAGAGCUUGGUGAGUGUCACUUUGCCAAGCAGUCUGCAGACCAUGAAAUUUGGCAAUUGUUUCAACCGGAGCUUACAGGGUGUUACACUACCAAGCAGCAUACAAACUUUGACCUUCGGCACAGAUUUUGACCAGGGCAUGGAAGGUGUGACUUUGCCAAGCAGCCUGCUGAGUUUGACUUUUGCCGGAAACCUUGAAGAAGGCUUUGGAAGUGUUCUGUUUCCAAGCAGCCUCCAGAAUUUGACCUUUCGCGGGUGGUUCGACCAGAGCUUGAUGGGGGUUGCAUUGCCAAGCGGGCUACAGACAUUGACCUUCGGAAAGUAUUUCGACACGAGCUUGCAGGGCGUUGUGCUGCCAACAGGUCUGAAGACUUUGACCUUUGGCGAGAAGUUCAACCAAAGCUUGAAAGACCUGGUACUACCCAGCAGCCUAGAAGCUUUAAUCUUUGGCUCAGAUUUCAAUCUGACCUUGGCAGGCGUCACACUGCCUGAGACGUUGCAGACUUUGAGAUUUGACGGCGACUUCAACGAGAGCUUGGCAGAAGCCGUUCUCCCCAACGGUUUGCAGAGCCUGACCUUCGGCCCAUGCUUUGACCAACCUUUGGACGAGGUCACGCUGCCCAAAGAUCUCAAGAGCCUCAGCCUUGGGACAUCCUUCAAUCGGAGCUUGGCCAAGGUGAUCCUGCCUGAUGGCCUGCAGACCUUGACCUUUGGAAGAAGCUUCAAUCAGAGUCUGGAAGGUGUCACGUGGCCAGAGAGCUUGCAGAACUUGACCUUCGGGGCAUGUUUCAAUGAGAAUGUGGCACGACUUCCAGGUAGCUUGCAGUCUUUGGCCUUUGGUGAUGAUUUUAAUCAGAACUUGGAAAGUAUCACUUUGCCAAGCAGUCUGCAGACACUGACCUUUGGUAGGUCAUUCAACCAGAGCUUGGCAAAUGUCAUGCUGCCAAGCAGCUUGCAAAUCCUGGAUGUCGGCGGAGGCUUCCAACAAAGUAUGGAAGAAGUCACUUUGCCAAGUAGCCUGAGGGAAGUCACUUUCACCUCAUUCCACGUAGAGUUGAAGUGA